AAGUUAAAUACAAUUAUAUUUAUUAAGGUAUUUCAUUUUUAUAUUUUCUUGUAAUGAAACAGACAGAUAGGUAGUUCGAAUGUUUUUUAUUCAAACAAUUAUCAAGUCUGUUUUUGUGAUGAAAUUUGUAUUUUUGGACUAUAUUUUACCUUUUUCAGGAUAAAUUUAUCCAGAAAGUUCAUUUUUCGCGUCAUGGCAUUCCACGUCCUGAUUUUAUGCAGACAGGUAGAUGAUUUUGAAAGUGCAAAGAGAGCUGGCGAACUAUUUGGCUAUCCUCUAAUGAUAAAGAGCAGGAGGCUUGCUUAUGAUGGGCGUGGAAAUUCUGUUGCAAAGAGUGAAGAGGAGAUCUCUUCUGCAGUAAAUGAAAACGUAAUAGAAGAGAUGCGGCAAUUGCAACCUGAUGAUGAAAAUAAACAAAAAAAUGCUGGACAUACUCAAACAAUUCCAUUCAGAAGAAGAGAUGGAUAACAUGGAUGAGGAUGGUAAGUUAGUACUCUUUGCAUUGAAGAAUUUUACUUCUCUUUGAUAUGUUGAUAAAUCAGGCCAUCAUUAAUUUUGUGGAACGCCAGGGAAAUUUUUUUGUGGUAGUCUCUUAGUUUGCUCAUGCUGGUUAUAAAGGGUACUUGUCAGUUGCCCUAUGAUUGGUUUCUGAUAGCAAAAUUAAAUUUCGGCAAAAUUUAAGGCAUUCUACAAGAGAAAAAAAUGAUGCCUUGCUUUAUUAGAUCAGUAUUGAAUGGUGGCCUCUGGAAGGAAGAUUACCAAAUAGAAAAAAAAUUUCAUUUGGUGAUUGAUGGUAUAGGCACUACAAGUUAGUUUUUGCAUAAGUCUCAUCUGCAAUAUAUAUAUGUAUACAAAAUAGUCUCACUUGCAUGACAAAUCCAACAUGAGUGUUUUGACAUUCUGUUUAACUAAUGUAAGAGUCAAUGCAUAGUUGGUUCCAAGAAGUGAAUUGAGAAACUUCCCAACUAGAGAUGGAAGGGAAGAAUAUUUCCAAUCACAAUUUUUGCUUAGUUGUUAGUGAUGAGUGUUAUUUAGUACAUAACCAGAUUAAACUGG